GCAGAAUUCCAAAAGUGAAUCGAAGACAUCAAUAGAAAGACUAGUUUUUGAGCCAUAUUCUUGUACAGCUACUCAUAUUUCUUCUGAAAAUAAAUCUGCUGUCAAGACUUUAAUGGAAUACGACGUUGAUGAGACUUUGGAAAUCAAGGAAGAGAUCAUUCAAGAUCAAGAGGCAAUUACAAUCCAGAAACGGGAUAAAACAAACGAAUCAAAAUUUUGUACCGUAUAUGUAAGAGAAGAUGAUAUUUUGGAGAUUAAGCCGAAACCGCAGACUCUAAAGAAGCAAAAAAUGCAGGAAUCAGAACAGAAGCACACAUGCGAAAAGUGUGGUCGAACCUAUAAAAAUAAAUGUCAUAUGAAUUAUCAUCAAAAAUACUUAUGCGGCGUUAUGCCACAGUUCAGUUGUAAAUUCUGCAACAAGCAAUUUAAACGGAAAUCUGUCAUGAAUGCCCAUGUAAAUCGUGUGCAUCGCAGCACAAAUUCAAAGACAGUGGUAUUUAAGCAUAAAUGCGACAAAUGUUCUCGAAGUUACAAUUGGCUAGGAGAUUUAGUUCGGCACAAACGUUUAGUACAUGCACUAGAAAAACCACAAUUUAUUUGUGAUUUUUGCGGACAUAGAUUUAAUGCAAAAUAUCAUUUGGUAGGGCACAUUGUUUCCCUCCACUCACAGACAUCGAAAUCCAGACAUGAAUGUGACAAGUGCGCGCGAAGUUACAAGUGGCCAAAAGAUUUGAAUAGACACAAACGUUUAAUACAUGCAGCAGUCAAAUCACAAUUUAUUUGCGAUUUUUGCGGACAUAAAUUCGAUACGAAAGAUCAUUUGGUAGUACACAUGACUUUGCACUACACUAGCCAAAUAGACGAUUCACCUAAAUCUACUUACAAAUGCGACCAAUGUUCUAGAAGCUACAGUUACAGACGUGGUUUGACUGAGCAUAAACGUUUAGUACACGGAGAAGUUAAACUGCAAUUUACUUGCGAUAUUUGCGGUUUCAAAACUAAACGCAAACAAUACUUGUCUAGACAUAUUACUUCAAAACAUCUUAAUGAAUAAUCAUUAUUACGCACGCGAAUCUUCGUUCUUUAGGAUAUUAAUCGUACAAAUUGAAUAUUUAAAUACCUUAAAUAACUUUCUGUGAAAAUUACUUCAUAAUACUUAAUAUCACUUUCUGAAGUUCCGGGAAGGUAGAUUUAUUCUGCAUGGAUUAGCGUUAUUUGUUGUGUAUCAUUUAUUUUUUACUAUAAAAGUAUUUGAUUUUCUAGUAUAGUAUUAUGCAUUGACGAAUGUAUUCUAUUCUGGAACAAUAAAGUAAUCAUUUCUGUAA